AUGUCUGAACAUCAAGCAACCAAGCAGUUUGUUCCGCUUGCCACAACUGUGGAAGAUCAAGAGAAAUUUCAAGCUCUUGUGAAGACUAAAAGUUUCUCAAAUUCGGCUCUGGGUGGCACUCUCACUCAUACCAAUAGUGGUCUCAAGGAUUUGGCAUCAGAUGAUUCUGCCAAUCCACUUCUGCCCAAUCAUGUUUUGCCUCCUCCAACACAAUUGCCGUUUGCUUCCUCAUUGAAUAGAGAGUAUGAACCAGUUUCAGAGUUAUUGAAGAGAAGACGAUUCGACGAUGAUGCCCUUCAACAAAUUAAAGACCCUCAAGAACCUGAAUUGAAAGGCAGACACAAUUUUAAGAUUCUGAGAGUUUUUAGUGUGGAAUGGUUUUUAAUUUUCAUUGGUUGUUUGGGGUGUAUUGUUUCCGGUGUCAUGCCACUUGUAUUCUACUUGCUCUUUGGUUACUUUGUUGAUGAUGCUAUCGAAUUCGCCAAAAGUGCAAUCACAGAACAACGAUUGAAGGACAAGAUCUUUAUUUACACGAUGGGAUUUGUUGCCAUUGGUGUCGCUCAAGGUAUUUCACAAUUUACCAGCGGAUUGAUGUUCAGUUGGGCAGGUGACAGAAUUGCCAUUAGAUUGCGAAGAGCCUAUUUCAAUGCUUUGAUUUCCAUGGAAAUUGGUUUUUUCGAUAUUAAACCUCUUGGUCAGUUAACAGCUCCUCUCUUUGAGGAUGUUUCCAAAAUUCAAGAUGCCUUCACUUUGAGAAUUGGUACCAUGAUUACACAAUUCUCGACAGCCAUCUCUGUGGUUGUGGUUUGUACCAAGCUCAUUGAAGUGUUUUCAAAUAGAAUUAAUAAGGCCACUAACACUGCUGCUGGUAUUGCAAACGAAGUUGCAGGAUGCAUCAAGACUGUUCGAUCCAUGGCUGGUGAUAAGAGAGAACGAGCCAGAUUUGCCAAGGCUCUCGCCAGUGCACCAUUUUCAAUCUUUGGAAAAGCUUUGGCUAUGGGAAUUUCCAUUGGUAAUUCGUACUUGUUCAUUAACUGUUUCUUCGGUUUGACCUUUUGGUUUGGUGCCAACUUGAUUAUUGAAGGUGACGCAACAUUGGGUGAAGUCGUUCAAGUUUUCGGUAUUAUGUUACUUGCUAUUUUAGUCCAGUGCCAGUCAAAAGAGCUGUUGAAGGUAUUGCAAAGAGUUCCAGCCAUUGUUGAGAAGGAAGGAGGAAUUAAACUUGACAAGGUUCAAGGAGAAAUUACUGUUGAAGGUAUUGAAUUUGCCUAUCCUUCAAGACCUCACAUUACUGUUCUUAAGGACUUUAACUUGAAGAUUAAGGCUGGAAAGUCACUUGCUUUGGUGGGUGGAUCAGGUUCAGGUAAAUCCACAAUUAUUGGUUUAUUGGAACGAUUCUAUGUUCCUCAAAAAGGACGUGUCUUAUUGGAUGGAGUUGACAUUUCUGAGAUGGACACUGAGUGGCUUCACAAAGUGAUUGGUAUUGUCACCCAAGAACCUGUAUUAUUCCAAGGUACUAUCAAGGAAAAUAUUGCCUACUCUAUUGGAGGUCUUCCUAGGAAGGAAUCAUCUGAACUUCAACAACGAAUUGAGGAAGCUGCUAAGGCUGCCAAUGCUCAUAACUUUAUUAAGGAAUUACCUAACGGUUACAAUACAAAGCUUGGUGAGAAGGGUGUCUCAUUAUCUGGUGGUCAGAAACAAAGAAUUGCCAUCGCAAGAGCCAUUCUCCAAAAUCCACAAAUUCUUCUCCUCGACGAAGCUACCAGUGCUCUUGACGCUGAAAGUGAAUCUCUCGUUCAAGAAGCUCUUGAUCGAUUAAUGAAAGGAAGAACAACUAUUUGUGUGGCUCACCGUCUUGCAACCAUUAAGAACUCGGAUGAAAUUGUAGUGAUGGAUCAUGGUAGAAUUAUUGAACGAGGAACUCACGACUCAUUGGUCCGUAUUCCAAACGGAGCAUACAGAGGUUUGGCUGAGAAGCAGUCCAUGAUUUAA